AGUGGCGAAUCGAAUUAUCAUGUACCGGUACUACAUACGUAUUUUACGUUCGUUUACGCUUUGCAGACUGAAAUUACGCCUACGACGUACUUUUGUUUUGUCAGUCAGUAAUCGACGAACAAUUGCGUCAUCAUAAAUAAAUGAUUUUGAUACCUCAUGUUCAUCAGAUUUGAGGGAUUCUUCUGAUCAUAGGACCUAGCAGAGUACUGUAUGGUAUAACGGCGAAUAGGUUCUGUGCCUACAAUACAAACCAGUGAAUCACUUUAGGAGUCAAUUUGAGGACAGAAAGGCUUGUUACCAUGACAACCACACCACAGAAUGGAGGGGUUGAUAAUCAUUGGGUCGCCCCGGACCUGCCCUCCCGCUGCACUUGGCAUCUUGGAAUGGAGAAAGGGAAGAGCCCCCACAGACAUGAUAUGAGUGAGAGUAAUAAGAUUCGUGAGAGAACUCAACCCAAUGUCUUGAAGAUGAUCGGAAACACCCCCCUUGUCCGCAUCAACAGCAUAACAAAGGGGACGGGUCUCAAGUGCCAAAUAUUGGCCAAGGCCGAGUUCUUCAAUGCCGGUGGUAGCGUCAAGGAUAGGAUUGCAUUGAAGAUGGUGGAAGAUGCUGAGAAGGACGGAACGUUGAAACCUGGGUAUACACUGAUUGAACCAACAUCAGGAAAUACAGGAAUUGGUCUUGCUUUGGUAGCAGCCGUCAAGGGCUACCGCUGCAUCAUCGUCAUGCCAGAAAAGAUGUCCAACGAGAAAGUCGACGUCCUCCGUGCGCUUGGAGCCGAGAUUGUAAGGACACCUACGUCCGCGAGGUUCGAUGCUCCUGAAUCUCACAUCAGCGUCGCGCAGCGUCUGAACCGGGAGAUACCGAAUUCUGUGAUUCUUGAUCAGUACAGAAAUGCUGGGAAUCCGUUAGCGCACUACGAUAAUACGGCAACAGAGAUUUGGCAACAGUGCAAUGGUAAGGUAGACAUGGUUGUUUGUGGAGCAGGAACAGGAGGAACAGUGACCGGUAUCGGCAGGAAACUCAAGGAACUCAACCCUCACAUAAAGGUUGUCGGAGUUGAUCCCCUAGGUUCAAUCCUCGCCCAACCAGAGAAACUAAACGAGACGGACGUCACCAGCUACGAGGUGGAGGGAACCGGAUAUGAUUUCAUUCCUACUGUCCUUGACCGGACAGUCGUUGAUAUGUGGCUCAAGAUAGGGGACAAAGAAUCCUUCCUGAUGUCCAGGAGAUUGAUAAAGGAAGAAGGACUCCUAUGUGGUGGUAGUAGUGGUGGAUCAAUGUGUGGUGCAUUAGAAGCAGCCAAAUCUCUGAGGGAAGGUCAAACCUGUGUUGUGGUUCUAGCAGAUUCUGUCAGGAAUUACAUGACCAAGUUUCUGUCCGAUGAUUGGAUGGUUGAGAAGGAAUUCAUUGACAAGCAUGUUGAUAACACACCACAGCAUUGGUGGUGGAAUCAGCCCAUAUCAAUGUUGAAGCUCGGAGCUCCAUUGACCGUCCUCCAAACGGUCAGUUGCCAGGAUGCUAUUGAUAUCAUGAACAAAGAAGGCUAUGACCAGUUACCUGUGGUAGAAGAUUCAGGUGAUGUGAAGGGGGUUGUCACCCUUGGUAGUCUCAUGUCCCAGCUGUUAGCUAAUAAAUGCAAGCCAUCUACACUUGUAGCUGACUGCCUGUAUAAACAAUUUAGAACGGUAACAUUGGAAACGACCCUUGGGAAUCUGUCUCGAUAUUUGGAUCACGAUCACUUCGUUCUCAUCCUACAGGAUCAAAGACUCUACUCUGCGAGCCAGACUGUGGCACAGAAGAAAAUGAUCUUCGGGAUUGCGACGCGAAUCGAUCUCCUCCACCACAUCACCCACAACCAACCACAAGGCGUCGUGAAUGGGUCUUAAAUGGUCAAGCCAAUACAUUUAAAUGGUCAAGAAAUAUUAGUGAUGAGACACGAGCCACUCUCCUCUACCACAUCACCCACAACCAACCACAAGGCAUCGUGAAUGGUUCUUAAAUGGUCAAGCCAAUACAUUUAAAUGGUCAAGAAAUAUUAGUGAUGAGACACGAGCCACUCUCCUCCACAACAUCACCCACAACCAACCACAAGGCAUCGUGAAUGGUUCUUAAAUGGUCAAGCCAAUACAUGUAAAUGGUCAAGAAAUAUUAGUGAUGAGACACGAGCCACUCUCCUGCACAACAUCACCCACAACCAAACCACAAGGCACCGUCAACUGUUUUUCCGUGAUCAAUCACAUUCAUUUUGACAGUCACUUUUCAAUGGAAAUCUUGGUGAUUUUCAAGUCCAAUUGAUUCUAGCUAUCCAUGUCCAUGACUGUACACAGUGAGGGGAGGGAGGCAUUAUUUUCAUUGCUGAGUCGUGGGGAUGCACAUUUUCUGAAAUAUUGCACAGUCAGUGUGCACAUAUUUUUCUCUUUAAAAAAAUUAAUGAAAAAAACCUUCUCGAAUUAGCUUAGUCAGUCCACUUCCUCAUUUGUCUGUUUAAGGAUUUUUUGUGCUGUGAAAACUUUCCUUGCAUAUGGCCUUGCUCUUGUGGUAAUACCUCGGUCACAUUUGCUCUACGCCAGCCGUACGGUGAGUCGAAAACAGCCGUUUUAACAGUUUUUUUUGUACCAGCUACUAUAAUAGGUGGUUUGAAAUAAAAAUUAAUAAAACGGCUGUUUUCGACUCGCCGUAGAGCAAAUGCAACCAAGGUUUAAAUCUGAUUAAUACCACUACAAUUAUAUGGCACAUGUAAGAGAUCACAUUGACACAUCAUUAAGUUAUGGAUAUGAUUGUUGCAAAUAUAUUUUCACUGCUUUACAAAGCAGUAAAUUCAAGACAUGGAAUGGUGAUGUUUCUUUUAGUUUGUUCAAAGAACUUCUUCAUUUUUUAAAUACAUGUAAAAUAGGCAGAAUAUGAAAUUAUGUGUUGGGGUAUUUUUCUUCUUUUUCCUUUUUGGUAAUGCACUCAGUUUAUAUGCUCAUUGUGUGUGCACUGUACAUUCAAAUACAUGUAUAUUUUAUUUUCUUCAUCUAUUUAUUCUUGAAAUAACUUAUCCAAGUUUCUUCAAUAGUUUUCACCUUUUCAACCUACAUUUCUUUUUAUUUUUGUGAUUUAUUUAUUCUUGAAAUUGGAUUGUAACAUGUUUUCAAGUAGAGUUUGUAUGUUUCUGUUAUUAGGAGCUUGGAAGUAGCUUUUAACUUUGUGUUAAUGUCUUAUAAAAAGGAUUUAUGGGAAUUUGGGGAGUUUGGUUUAUGCUUUGUUGUUUAUUCUUGUGUCAAAUGACUCCUGAAUGGGGUCGUGUUAUAUUCUAUUCAUGGUUAUUUGGAAUAAUUUAUGAAGCCAUGAUCAAUGGUAGUUUGGAGGUAUUUGAUAAGUCUAUGAUGUGCAGUAGGUUGGUCAGUCAUUGUGUGUUUGGAAACAACGCAUCAGAGGUUAGCAAUGAUCACAGUUAGUGCAACAUCUUAUGUUAUAUUAACAUACAUGCAUUACAACAAAUUUAAGUGUAAUAAUGGGACACUGGGAAUCACUAUAUGGUAAGAUGAUGAUACAUGUAUAAUGGGUGAUUUCAAGUCCGGUGUUGCCAUUGGUGUUGGAAUUUUGGAUUGCUUUCCCUAACUCCGAAACAUAUUCUGAGUUUGUAAAACUGAUCCAGAUCACAAUAUUGACAUCUCAACAACUAGUGAGUGACUUUUCAGGACCAUCUUCAUUUUAUGUUUGGUGCCAUAAAUAUUGACCUAACACCAACACGAAAAGGUCAACACCAAACUUAAAAUCGCCUAUUCUGAAAUAAACAUGAUGACCAAUGGUUCACUAUAAAUAAGUGUAUUUAACUGCAUAAAUAGGUUUUAUUAACCUCUAUAUUUGUAUAAAUUUGGCUUGUUAUGCGUAAUCUCUAUUAUCAUCCUAUUCUCCCAGUGAUAUUUGAGGCAAUAAGGGACAAAGAAGUAUAUUUAUAUCUGGUAUGUUAAUUGAAAUGAUAUGCGUGGAGCACUGUGAAUAUAUCAUUGAUGAUUAGUUGUACAUAGUUGCGAGACAAUGGGGAACUAGGCGAAAGGGGGUUAUAGCACAGAGGCGUAUCUUUGAAAAACUGCCCCCACCCCUUCCCUUGGGAGGGAAUGAUAUUGUACCCCCUUCCAAAGUUUGGUGUAGGUAUACUCAUUGAAUGUUCCAUUUUGUUUCCAUUAUUUCCUUUAUAUUUUUCCCCUACUUAAAGCCUUUAUGGACCUCACCCCCCCCCCCCCCCUCCAUGGUCCAAGGGAAAAGCCUGGAGGAGGCACCCCCCCCCCCCCCCCCCCC